AUGGGCAAAGCUCAAUACAAGAGGCGUAUUCGGUCCGCUAGACACCAUGCCAAUGGCGCACCUAUCACUCAUGAGGAUCAACCUAAACCAUUUUCACCAGCAAGCCCGGAAGUGGUAUCCAAAUCAAAAGCCAAGAAAUCUAAAAACCAAAACCAACAGAGCGAGCGGCAAGCUACAAUCGCGGUCUUGGACAAGAUCUCAUCUCCUUCUUCACACGAUCGGAUAUGGUCCCUAGCAGCGAUUUCCAACCUCGUCCUUUCUUCCGCAUCCACGCGCCAACUAUUCCUUUCCAAAAACCUAAUCCGGCUGCUCAUCAACCGGCUGACAGAAGACGCAGACCAGGAAGACGUCCUUGUUGAGGUGACUGGAGUACUACGCAACCUGGUGAUCGAAGGUGGAAGAGAUGUAUGCGGAGAGAUGGCCAACAAAGGCAUUCUCCAACCCUUGAACAUCCUCGUCUCCAAACUGCUGGCUUCAAUUGCCAAUUUUCAAGAUACCAACCCAAGCGACGCCCCAAGUACCCCAGCCCAGUCACUAAUCUGGUCUCGACUGAUUUUGAUCUCAGAAAACGUGGUUAUUACUUUAUGGUCUCUAGCGGAAACAUCUUCCAAGUGGUUGGACUCAGUGAUCGCUCUUCAAGAUAUCAUUCCCUUACUAACUAACAUCCUACGGUUAUUCACCGAUCACCUAGACACGCGCCAGGCGGCCAAGCCGACACGCUCUAAUCACGUGGUACCCUCCAGUUGUGCAUUGGCAUCUGGUCAAUGUCUGUAUGCGCUCACCGAAGAUCAUCCAAAAUUAUCAAAGCGACUGGCCUUCUCCGAUGAGCUAUCGGUUGAACCACUGAUAACCCUGUCCAACACACCCGACCAGCCAAGCAAACAAUUCUCAGCAGAAGAUAAUGAAAAUCUCGAGCUUCUCAAAGUCGUAUCAAUAGGUAUCUUGCGCAACAUUAUCUUGCAUACAAGAAAGCGCGCCGAGGAGCUCCCUUUCAAGUCAGAAUACGAUGAAAAAAUGCCGCACAUUCUUAUCGCAAAGUUGAGAGUCGACUUACGCCAGCUUGCUGAAGAAACGGCUGAAGCCCAUAACUCCAUCCCGACUGCCCCUCUUUCCGAUCUCAACUUCACCAAAGCCUCCAUCCAAGGCCCUUCUCCGGCUGAGCUCAAGCUUGAGUCAAUAGAGCGUCGAUUAACCUUAGUCCAGCUCGCUCUCGAACUUGUUGGCGAAUGGUGUGCUUCGGCCGAUGGGUUUGACGAUGAUAUAGGCAGCAGUAAUGGAUCAGAUGCCGAUGAGGACGAGAUGGACAAUUCUAAUGAUGGUAGUGAGCACCCGGAGGAAGAGCAGGGCUCGCAAUCCCAGACCGAAGACGUCGAUAUGGAGGAAAUCCCGACCGUCUCGGAACACAUAUCAGGUUCGAAAGCCAACCGAGUCAAAUCCGAUCGCCAUUCGACCGAGGAUCAAAACAACGCGAUGGACAUUGAAGAGUCUGAACCUUUCGUUCAGUCACCCCAAUCCACCCCCUUUUCGCAUCUGCUAAGCCAUCUGAACAACCUGGCCAAGCCGACCCCCUACUUCUACCAAUCUCGAGAGUCCGAACCGAUGGGGAAAAACAUCAUUCCCACUGCAAUUAGCACAGAGAGAAUGCCGUCCAACCCGACUGGUACGGUCCCGGACCUGAUAUGUGAACUUUUAAGUGGUAUCCACCUGCGCGCAACCGAUGCAUUGAAUAACAUGAUGAUCACAAUCGAUCGACUGGAGGGCACGGCGACUCAUACUGAAAAGACAUUUGCUUCGACCAACCAGGAAUCUCUCUUCGAGGUUUGGAAAUCAUGUUGGUCGACUACCGCUGAGCUCGCACAUCACGCACACCUCUCGCGAAAAGGGAAGCAAAAGGCACCCAACGGCUCGAUACCAUCACAGCAAUGCCAUCGAGAACAACUCUUAACAUCGGCUUUAACUUGCUUCUGGAGUCUAUCACGCGUCCUCCUGACUCUGAGCGCUGCAAAUUCUCCCUCGACACUGCCGGUUACACCCGAUCAAACGAAGUGUCUUGUCGAGCUCCUCGGGACGUCUGAAAGCGAAACCAUCAAGGCUCGUGCUUUGACAACACUGAUCUGUUUGGCCAGUCGGCCUAAGGUAUCUGUUGAAGAGAACGCAGUUGUUGGUGAUGUCCUCAUAGACAUAAUUUCUAAAGCGAGCCUCCCGGGUAGCGACGUCCCUAACAGCUUGCUCAUUGGAGCUCUUGACGGGAUGUUUGAUGUAUACGCGGAUGAGACAAGAGAGUACGACGAGCCAGUGUUCCGCCAGCGAGGCUUUCUCGACACUAUCAAGGCCGCGCUUCCAAUGGUACAAGCAAUUGUCAAGAAAAUCGAUAAACGGAAGGACCCGGCCCUCCGGCAACAAGCCGAAGAAGUUCAGAGCAAUCUUUCCGCUUUCAUUGAUUACCGGAAAAGCUUAACCUAG